CUCCGACAGACUACUCCGUAGUACUAGUUGUCACACUACUUUGAAACCAAGACCCAUAUACAACCGUCACGGAUGACACUAAUUACACGGUCAGACUGACUGAGGCCCAGCAUGCACGGAAUAAGUCUCCUCUCAGGCCGACUCCGAAUGCCCCUCUAACGUGUCGGCUCUCUCAAGUGGAGAUUGAUAGAGCAAACCCGGCGGCGAUGGAGUAUAACAGGAAGCGAAGAACGAAAGACCACGCGACACCUGCUCAUCGCUAUAUCCAAUUCAACCUAUGAAAUCCUCCUACUGACACUCACUAACAACUUAGUCUAGCCUUACCAAUCGAGCCAAUUGACUAGCCACGAGUCCGCAGUUGAUCAGCUCCACUCUUUUCCCCGACGUCGGACACUCUUUUUUUCUGUUCCCGCGCCAAGACCCGCAAUUCGAGUCAUACGGCCCCUCCAUACAAUUCACAGCAACUCCGACAGCAGCAAAAGGCACGGUAACCACUUCCCCUCCUCAAUUGCACCAAUCUUGCUAGGUACCAACGGGUCAUUGUAUCAUUGGAGGCUUCUGAUUCGCAAUUAAUACCCUCUGCCCACCAUGGCCUCCUCUUUCGUGAUCAGAACCCCUUGCUCCUCCGCCAACAUUGGCCCCGGCUUCGACGUGAUCGGCCUGGCCCUGUCCCUCCAUCUCGACAUCCACGUCACCGUCGACCCCUCCAAGGGCUCCUCCACACUCCCGCUCAACUGCGCUAUCACCUACGAGGACCAGAGCAAGUCCACCGAGAUAAUUAGUCUCGAUCCCGAGGUCAACCUGAUCACCCGUGUCGCCCUCUAUGUCCUCCGCUGCCAUAACCAGCGCGCUUUCCCCGUCGAGACCUCCGUGCACAUCGUCAAUCCUAUCCCGCUGGGUCGGGGUCUGGGAUCGUCGGGCACGGCUGUCGUUGCCGGUGUAAUGCUGGCGAACGAGGUCGGUAAGCUGGGAUUGAGCAAGGACCGCCUGCUCGAUUACUGCUUGAUGAUUGAGCGCCACCCCGAUAACGUUGCUGCGUCUCUGUUCGGUGGCUUCGUUGGCACGUACCUGAACGAGCUGAAGCCCGAGGAUGUUGCGCGCAUAGAGAUCCCUCUCAGUGAGGUCCUGCCCGCGCCCGCGGGAGGUAUUGAUACCGGUUUCCAGCCCCCAGAGCCCCCACUGGGCAUUGGUCACUACCGCAAGUUCAACUGGGCUCCGGAGAUCAAGGCGAUUGCGAUUAUUCCGGACUUUGUGGUGCCGACUGCCAAUGCUCGUAAUGUGCUCCCCAAGACCUACACCAGGGCCGACGUGGUCUUCAACCUCCAACGCGCUGCCCUCCUCCCCGCUGCCCUGGGUAGCUCUCCACCAGACCCGGACAUGAUCUACCUCGCCAUGCAGGACAAAGUGCACCAGCCAUACCGCAAGACCCUCAUCCCAGGUCUGACCGAAAUCCUGCAAUCAAUGACCCCGACCACCCAGCCCGGUCUUCUGGGUAUUUGCUUGUCCGGCGCUGGACCUACCAUCCUAGCCUUGGCCACGGAUCGCUUCGACGAGAUUGCUGACCGCAUCAUCGCCCACUUCGCCACUAACAAUAUCACUUGCCAGUGGAAGCUGCUCGAGCCUGCCCAGGACGGUGCCACCGUCUCUGCGAAAUAGAGCUGUUCCGAGCGGAUGCUACCUAUUCUUGCCAGCGUCACAGGGUCGAUCGCCUCACUGUAAGUGGCUCGCGAUUUUUGUAUGACGUGCGUGCGCGCUGCCGUACGUGUAGAUCUUUAUACGACGGUGAGCCGGGGGCCACGAUUGCUUGGUUCUCCUUGGAUCGAUCCGGGGGGUGAAUGCAUGAGUCACGGACUUCGAAGCAACUCUCGAAUAGCAAGUGCAUGAGUUGGUCGGCACGAGCGCAUUCAGUCCCACUUCCUUCCCGAGCCAUGUGUCAGGAUGCAAGAUGGGAUGGUUUUCGUUCACCGCUGCUUCUGCUUCUGCGCUUCUCCCGCGUCAUGCAUGGCAUUUGCUUGUGGGUAGGGAAGGUCGUUUAUUUUCUACUCAUUUCUUUUAUUGUUUUCAAUUUAGCCUGGAAAAGUCACCUUUGUGACUGGUUUGUGGGAGGCUGAGCUUUGAGCUUUUGGAUAUUGGUCGUUUCGUUAUCAGUGGUCGCUUACCCUGAAGUAUGGACCGGGUUCCAUAGAGAUAGACAUUUGGAGUACAUAGAUGAAUCAUGAGCAACGCGUCACCUUUUUUCUGCGAAACAGUCUUCAGGUAGACUAAGCCAAGCAUUAAUUUCCAG